AUGGCAGCCCAAAAUUCGCCCGACGACUGGUCCCUGUACCCAUAUCAGCCAAAUCAUGCUGCGCCAAUAGCCUUCGCCAUCCUGUUAACACUGCUGGCAGCUGGUCAACUAUACCUUUCCUUCUUCAAACACCAUUGGAAAUAUUUCGGAUGGACAAUGACCUGGGCAUCAACCGUCUGGAUCGCGGGUUUCAUCUGCCGCAGCAUUUCAAUCCACAACGUCCAGAACAUCAACCUCUUCAUCGCGCAAUACGUUCUGGUUCUGAUGGGCCCACCGCUGUUCUCAGCCGCCGAGUACUUCAUCCUGAGUCGCUUGCUGUCGUAUCUGCCCUACCACACACCGAUCCAUCCGGGACGCGUACUCAGCACCUUCUUCAUGCUCAGCACGGUGGUCGAAACGCUUACAGCGUCUGGAGCUGCGAAUAGUGUCGGCGCCGAUCGAUCUCCUUCACAGCGGAGUGUCGGACUGGAUCUGCUCAAGGCGGCUUUGAUCCUUCAAUGCUUCGUUGAAGUCUUCUUCAUGUCGCUCGUGGUCUUGCUGGAGUAUCGCUGCCGCAAAGCCAAGCGCUUCCCACUGCACGUCCGAAAGGUCUGCUAUGUACUUUACACGACCAGCUUCAUGAUCCUGGUCCGUUGUAUCGUUCGAACAAUCGAGGGCUUCGAGGCUGCUUCUUGUGACCCCAAGGAAGGAUACUGCGGAACUGUCUCUCGAAACGAAUGGUUUCUCUGGACUUUUGAAGUCGCAAACAUUACUCUGUUCAUCGUGGUACUUCUCAUAUGCCACCCGGGUCGAUAUUUACCCAAUAGGAGUGAAGUAUACUUGGACUAUGAUGGAAGUAUGGAGAGAAUUGGGCCCGGCUUUUCGAAAGCUAGUAGGAGACCAUUCUGCAUGACGGUCUUUGAUCCUUUCAAUCUGCAAGGCAUUGUUACUGGGAAAGGCCUGGCCGUCGAGAAAUUCUGGGAGGAACAUCAACCUAUCUACACCAAGGAAUGA